AUGUCGAAGUUGUUCAACCUCUCUGCCCUGGAGGCAUUUGAGAAGCUACCAUUGCAGCUCCGGAACUUCUUUACUCGCUACCCUCCAGCCCCUUUCAGAAAGUAUGCGUCUGAGCAAACUCUUGCAAAUGCCCCAGAUGCCAAUCCAUUUAUUCCCAAUAGACAUCCGGUCACCGGUAAAGUUCAAGAGCCUGUUUAUUCUCUAAGAAGGCAAUCAGAUCUAUACAAGCUUGCGUACAAGUUCGGGAUAGCCGACUUGAUGCCGACAAUGCGCAAUAACAAGAAAUUCUAUGCCGAGAAGUAUGAAAAUAAAGCGCUUUUGAAGGGUGUGUUGAGUCCAAAGGGCCACAAAUGGGAAAGAACCUACGACGAGAGAAAACAGAGAAUUUCUGAUGCAGUGGCAAAGGCAGAAGAGGUCAUUGUGGAGGCCAAGGGAUCAAAAUACAAAAAGCGGAUUGAAAGAAAAGAAUUGGAGAGGAAAACGUGGUUUUAA